AUGGCAGAUCCGGUUCGAGAAAGAGUCACAGCCGCUGACAGGCGCCAGUUUGAUUUUGUGCAAACGUUGCUCCGGAUUUCUGAUGAACUGACAGAAGAUGAGACCACAAUCAUAAAGUUGUGCUGCCUGCAUCUGAUCCCCAAAGGCCAGGCGACACAGCUCAGGAGAGCAAUGGACGUAUUUGUAAAGCUGAUAGAACUGGACAAAAUUGACAGGGAGAACCUUGAGUUUAUUGAAGAGAUCUUGGAGAGAAUCCGACGACAGGACUUGAUUCGGGAAGUUCUGCAGCCGUUCCAGCCUCCUAACCGAGAGAUUCCGGAAAAUCCCGAUCUCCAGCCGGAGUACCCCGAGCACCCGUCAGAAAACCUAGAGCUCCAGUCGGGAACAAGUCUGGAAGGGACGACAGCAGAUGGUGACGUGCAGGGAUAUUUCGACGAUGUAAUCGAGGAAGUCAGCAACAAGUGGGACGACCUGGCCCGGGAGCUGGGAUUUAAUGAUAACGAAAUCAAAGUAAUCCAAGUUUCAGAGCGUGACCCUGAUCACAGGUGCAGGGAAAUGCUGACCAGAUGGAGAAACAGGGAGGGAAGGGGAGCUACUCUACAGGUGAUGAUUCAAGCCCUAAAGAGCAUUCGUGAAACCCGGACAGCAGAGAGCCUGGAAGGAAAUGCUACCUCCAACAUCUACGUGGUCUUGCAAGGCGCAAUGAUCCAGGAAACUCUAGAUCAUCUUAAAAGAUGCCUGACGACGUUAUCUGGCGCCACAAGGUCACAGGUCAAGUUCAGAGGUUACAAGAAGAACAAGAGCAUCCUGGUGCACUUUUCCCUACCGCGGGAGAACACGGCGGUGCUGAGGCACAUGGCGCAUCACUCCGACCCGAGACUUGUCUACAUGGGCGUCAAGUCACUGCAGAUCGACGCUGAAGUUCCCAUCAAAUUCCAACAGGAGGCGACGUUGUACGAUGCCAAGAGACAAUUUCCUGUUGAUGACAUCGAGGUGGGAUGCAUUACCCGGACAAAACACCAGAGGGCGCCCCAGAGCUGGACCCGCCUGUCUGCCCUGAACCUGUUCUCGGACGCCCUGCCGCUCCAUCUGCAGGCAGCCGCGAGUCUGGAGUACCAGGGCUUCUCCUACAGCCUGGUCCGGGCUCUGGUGCAGAAGGACCGGCUCAGAGAACACCAGAUGAGGCAGGCCAUCCAGAACCUCAGGAACGCAGAGGUGGAUUCCAACACGCUCCGUCAGAAGGCAGAGGUGGAUUCCAACACCAUCAUUACUUUGCGCUCCAAGCUCGACAUCACAGAGAACAGGCUGAAGGAGGCUCUUGAGACGAUCGCAGUUCUUGAAGAAAAGCUGCAGCAGGCUCAAGAAUACGCAGAGAAAGCCGCCAAGCAGGUGACAUCCCACGUGACGGAGUACAGGGGAGAGAAGCCGCCUGGAGGCUGGCCACAGGAGUACAGGGGAGAGAAGCCGCCUGGAGGCUGGCCACAGGAGUACAGGGGAGAGAAGCCUCCUGGCGGCUGGCCACAGGAGUACAGGGGAGAGAAGCCACCUGGAGGCUGGCCACAGAAGUACAGGGGAAAGAAGCCGCCUGGUGGCUGGUCGAAAGAAGUCGAGAAGGCAGAUGUAGAGUCACAGACCCACCUAGCGGAUCCUCUAGAUAGCACAGGGAGACCUGAAGAUGUGGGCGACAAGGCUGGAGAAGACCCGACUGUUAAGGAAGAAGACAAAACAGCUGCAAUGCAAGACUCUGACAGUGAGAGCGAUGGAAGAGUGGAAGUCCUCGGUACAAAAGCACCCGAGCAAGAGCGACACACAGCGGGGACAGAAGGAGCGGCAUCUGGCUCUACUGGGGAGUUGGAUCAGGGUGUGAUCACUUUUGGUGGGAAAGGAUCAGAACCGGGAAAGUUUUCGUACCCGCGCGGCGUUGUGGUGUCGCCUAGCAACGAGAUAGUUGUGGCUGAUCUUUACAACAGGCGAGUCCAAGUCCACAGCACAGAGGGGGUUUACCUACGUCACUUCCCAACAGUUGUACCGGGUACAGGAGAUAAGAACAUGUACCCAUAUGAUGUUUGCAUGGACGGUAGCGGCACGCUGUGGGUAGUGGGGGACGGAGAGACAACCGACCAUGUUGUACAGUACAGCACGGACGGGACCGCCAUGGCGCGGUUUGACAUGAAGAAGGGCUAUCAUUUUCGCGGCAUUGCAGUAGACAUGCGCACUAACCACAUCCUGGUGACUGAUGCAGGCGAUGGUGCAGUUCAUGUGUUCCGUCCGGACGGCUCUCUGGUGCGGACAGUCCGGUAUCCACGGGAUGGGGAGAUAACACACCCACGGUACGUCACAGUGGACGGGGAAGGGAACAUUCUUGUGUCGGACUGGGACACUCACAGUGUCUGCGUGUAUGACGAGUCCGGGAAGUUUCUGUUCCAGUUUGGAGGUUUGGGAAGUGGUAAAGGUCAGCUGAAUGGUCCCCUUGGCAUCUGUACAGACAGCUCUGGGCACAUCCUCGUGGCAGACUAUUGGAACGAGGGAGUUCAGAUCUUCACACGUCACGGCAAGUUUGUCCAUACCGUCCGUACUGGGUUUCAGCCGGAAGGCCUGGCUGUGGGACCGGAAGGGCGGCUGGUUGUGACCAAUGAUUUGAACGACAUUGUGACUGUUUAUCCCAGCUAUUAG